AACACCAGCGCCCUGUGGCUCGGCUACAACUUCAUCACGGUGCUGGGGCCGCGCUCCUUCCCCCGGCUGCCGGGGCUGCGGCUGCUGAGCCUGGCACACAACCGCCUGGAGCUGCUGCACAGCCACGCUCUGCUGGGGCUCGGGGAGCUGCGGGAGCUGGACCUCAGCCACAACCGCCUCACCCUGCUCACCCCCGACACCUUCCUGCCCCUCACCAGCCUGGCCACGCUCAACCUGGGCAGCAACAGGCUGGGGGAGCUGGAGCCGGGGGUGCCGGGCGCCUUGCCCCAGCUCCAGGCGCUUCUCCUGCAGGACAACCCCUGGGUGUGCAGCUGCGGCAUCCUGCCCCUCUGGCGCUGGCUGAGCCACAACAGGGAAAAAGUGCGAGAGAAGAGUUUGCUUCUCUGCAGAGUUCCGGAGCAGCUGAACAAGUACCCGAUCAUGGCCUUUGGGGAGGAGUCCUUCAGGCAGUGCCAGGAGAGCUCGCUGUCCCCCCAGCACUACAUCGCCUUCUUCAUCAUUGGGCCCUUCUCCUUCAUCGCCAGCAUCUUCUUCUGCACCGUGCUGGGCUCGCUCGUGGUGUUCUACCACAGCCUGCGCCGGGAAUCCCACUGCUGGAGGAGACCCCACGUCUGCAGGGUGCACUGAGGGGCUCAGCCAGGCUCAGCCUGGCCUCCACCCACGCUCCUCUCCAGUGGCCUGCACCCACCUGCUGCAAACUCACCCCUGUGGAGCAGCGAGAGGAAGUUCUGUUCCUGGAAUUGCUUUAGGUUUUCUCAGAGUCCCCCAAGAUGGUGCCAGGGGGGAGCAGCCUCCAGCUCAGCUCCCUGAAGGGCACAGACUGACCACAAAUGCUCUCGGUGUUUUGGGUAGCUCCCCAAAGCCACCCUCACAUCUGCAUAUUCCCUUCCUGGGGGCAUUCAGGUGAUCCUGCUCCCCUUGUCCUGCCUCCUGUGCUGCCCAGUCCCCUCAGUGUGGGUUUAGGAUGCCCCAUAUGCCUCACUGUGCCUUUAGGUGCAGCCUGGGAGUCCCUUUGUGUGUCCCAGGACACAUCACAUCCCUCUUGGUGCCUUUCAGGCCACCCCAGGAGUCACCAUUUGCCUUUUGGUGCAGCCCAGGAGCCUCUGUGUGCCUUUCAGUUUGCUCCUUGGGCCUUUUGGUGUCCCCUGCACCUCUGACUGCCUCCAGUGACCCCAGCAGCCUCAAUGCUUCCUUCUGUGCCCUCAGAACUCCUUGGCUUGGUGUUUCCUGCACCCAAAUGCCAUGUUUGGUUCUGUGUCCUGGCAGGCACUGCUUUCCUUUCAGUGUACCCCAGAGCCCUCCCUGUGCCUCUCAUCUCUGGAUGCUUUGGAGCAUCCCAAAGCCUUCACGGGGCUCUCAGACCAUCCCAGACCUUUCAGUCAGGGCAGCUUGCAGAAAGCUCCUUUUGAUAGUUUUUUUCCAUUGAGUCAGGAAUGCUGGUGCUGAGAAGGCUCAGCCAACAAGGUCUAGGGUGAGGCUGAAGUUUAGGGUGAGGGCCAGGAAGAGCCUUGAGCUGCCACUGAUGUGGUUCGGCCGAGGAGCUGCCAAGGGAUGGGUGAGGCUACAGUGGUUUCUCCCUCAGUAGCUUUUCCCUAGGCUACAGCUCACCCCAAGGGUUAGCUCAGUGCUGGGACUGGGGACAAACAGGCCCUUUACAGCAGCCCUGGCUGCUGCCUCACCUCCCAUCACCCACAAAACGGGGCUGGGGCUGCCUCUGCACCUCCCUGUCCUGCUCCUUCCCUUUCCUGUGGAAAUGCUGCUGGAAAUGCUUAGUGAGCAUGCUGGGAGAUGGCCUGGAAGGAUCUGGAGCUGUGCUGCAGGCAAAGCCACAAGCUGGGGUGACAAAAACAUCAUUCAAGGAAAAACAACAGCCCUUUUUGCCCUGAUCUCUUACCUGCUGCAAGGUGAUCAGAGCCACAAUGAGAUGCUGUGACCACCAGGCUUGUUCACUCCAUUUCCUUCCCCUGCAAGAACUGGGACCUGCCAGGGACGUGGCAGGAGUCAGAGCAUCAGUAAAUCACACAGAAAUAAACCAAGUGUCACCUCAGUGGUGGCUUGCUCCCAUUUUUAUUUUCAAGGGAGAAACCAGCCCCGUGUGCUGCUCCAGGGCCAGAUUCCUUCCUCCUCCUCUCCCGUGGGGCAGGGGCUGUUUUUACCCCACCUGGAGGUGGGACAGGGCCAGCUGCCCUGGUGCUGCUGUUUGCAAGGCCGGUGUCCCCCCUGGCUGUGCAGGCUCUCUGUCACCUGAGUAUCCCAGCAUGGGGAUGCCCUUUCCCUCCCAGUCCCCUCUCCAGCCCCUGGCCUUCCUCCCUGCUGGUUUCUUCAUCCCCUCCUGUCCCUCCACUGUUUGCAGACCCUGCCACAGGCUUGGGUGAGGCUCUGAUUCACUGCAGGGUUCCCUGCCAGCCUUGCCAGAAGUCAGAGACAGAAAGAGGCAAAAGAGGCACACAGCUCUGGAAUAAACCACUUCAUGAUCCAGUCUAGA